AUGUCUGAAGCAAGACCCAUCUCCCGGGACCCCUUUUCUGAGACCCUCCUGUAUGAGCAGCUCCGGGAGCCCCUGACCGUGGAGGUCCUUGGCCUGACCCAUUCCGGGGAGGACCCUGACCCCGAGGAGGACCCAGAUCCUGUGGAGGACUUUGGUCUCAUGGAGUGCAUUGAGGGCAGUGACGAGGUGGCCCUGCGGCUGGCUUGCAUCGGGGACGAGAUGGACCUGUGUCUUAGAAGCUCCCGCCUGGCCCAGCUGCCUGAGAUGGCCAUGCACAGCCUGGGUCUGGCUCUCACCUAUGACCAGACAGACAUCAGGGGUGUCCUGAGAAGUUUUGCUGACGGUUUCACCCAUCUCAGGGAGAAUGUAGUAAGGUUCUGGAGAUCCCUGGUCCCCGGGCCCUGGGUGUCCCCCGGCCAGGCGUGCGAACAGGUGCUACUGCUGGUGCUGCUGCUGGGGCUGCUCCUGGGUGGGGGGCUGCACCUGAUGCUCAAGUGAGGCCGAUGACGCGGGUGGGGCUGGCCCCCGCCCUCGACCCCGCCCUGGAGGUGGAGGCCUGUUGCUUUUGUCUUUUUAACUGUUUUCUGAAGAUCCCUUUUAUAUUUAAACUCUGAGAUAGUGCUGGGACACUGCUGCGGUUUUGUACUUAGUUUUUGGUUGUUGUUUUUUUCAGUUUUUUUGUAAGACAUGAAUUCAUUAUACUGUGUGUUUAGCUGCCGCUUCUGAGGCCUGGCUGGACCUGCCAGGAGGCGGCCUUACCUGGAUGAGAAGGGUUCUUCCACUCCUGCCGGUUGGUCACACACUGGGCGGCGGGGGGAGUGCUGGCCGCACCCCCGUGUCCGUGAUGCCCUCGACAAAGAAUCUACUGGGAUAGAUUUCUGAGGAGCAGGGAGAGCGCAAUAAAAUGUUGGUUUCCA